CUUGGGAAAUGCUUGGCCUUCAAGCCUUGGGGCACUUGGAUCUGCACAGUGGAGAAGGGAUGUUCGUGCCCAUCCACCUUAGGAUGAUCAUCUCUGUUGGGAAUAUUUUAUGGUGUCCAAUCUAAUUAAAUAUCUUUGUAUUUGUGUAGUUAUUAAUUAAAUGUGUAAUAUGGGUCACAAAUGUAAUUCAGCUCAUUAGCUUCUUUGUAAGCCAUAAGUUAGUCAUCAUCUCCUAUAAAAGGAAGCUAACUUAUGCAAAACCUAAGACAUUAAAGAAUAGAGGCACACCAAGCAUAGAAUAGAUUUCACACUACUCUCUCUCUCUCUAAACGGAGAGCAGCGGCCGGUUUAUACGAUGUUCCAAGGUUCUCAACAUUUGUAGUGAUGGAUAUAUAUUAUCCAGGACCGGGGGUGCUCGAGAUUAGAUAUUUCUUGUAUUGGGCCUAGCCCGUUCUUUGUAUCGGCCCAAUGGCAUGUCAUACGCCCAAGGGUCCUAUUCAUAUUUGAUGUAUUCCUUGUAUUAGGCCUAGCCCACUAUCCCCUAGGUUGGCCCGAUUCUCCUUAUAAAUAGUCCAUGUUGUAACCCUCAAAGGAGAUCGAUCUAAUUCAUUGAUACCAUACACUUCUCUCUACUUUGUUCAUUCUCUCCUUCUUCUCUCUAGAUCUAGAUAUUAUAGAUCAUCAAAUUGUGCUUUCAUUGAGAGAUUGAACAAAAAUCAAGUUAGAUACUCCCUGAAAUUAUCCAAAAACAGUGAAACACAGUGGCAGAUUGGGAAAAACUUUAUCUGCGAUGCUGGAAUUUGGACUGGAAACACAAAAUUUGGGUUUUCACGAUUCCAGUGGAAGCGGAGGAUGCUGAUCAUCUUCUACACAAUCUCAGCAGCAUAGGAGUUAAGAUUUCGGAAUGAGAGCUACGAAUCUGAUCUAAAUCUCGUCCGACAGGAGAGGAGGCCACCACCAUCUCAUCCAACAUACUGGAAUCCCAGAUCUGGGAAAGGCGAGCGAGCAACCAUCUCCCGUUUGUUGUUCUACCGUUCCAGACAUGACCAAUCCUCACGCAAAUCUCCGGGAAUUGCAUUUGAUUUCUGCUCAUUGCUGGGACUAAAGUUUAUGACCUCCGCCAUUAAUGACUGGUGGGAAGGAAAACCGAGCUCAAACCUAUCCUCAACGUCCCAGACCAGAUGCUUCUGCUACCAUUAAUGGCGCCCAUUCCUCAUCCUCGACCAGCUGUGACAUUGCGACAGACGCGCGAGCUCCGACGCAGGAGGCAUCUCUUCCUCGCCAUUACCUUCAGUCGCCUAUCUCUGGCUCUCUGGUCCGUACCGCCUUCGGCAGUUCUGACUGAUGUUUUCGGCACCGGCAAACUUUACUGCUCUACUCCCGGUUGAAAUAGCGGCCACAAUAGAACGUGAGCGUUGACGAGACCGAACAGAGGAGGGAUAGGGGCUGACGUGGCUCUCUGUCCUCGACUUGAAAAACCGUUGUUGACUGACCCGGUCUAUGAGUUCUUGAAUUUCCCGAACAAGGUUGAAGCCGUUGCCACUUCCGACUUGCAGCUUGGAAUUCUGAGGCGGCAUUGGUUCACUCCCUAACCUGCAGAUCCAAAAUAAGGGCUAGACAACAAUGGUCCAGCCCGUCCUUGGCUAUUUCAAGAGCUAAGUGCACAAAUUUCUCACUCUCUUAGUAAACAUAGCAUUAUUUUUAUUUUUAUUAUUAUUUUUCGUCACCAUUAUUUAUUAGGGAUUAACAUCCCGAAUUAAAUAAUGUGAGUUAAUCUCAAGUGACAAAUAAUCGUCGUCAUUAAAUGAUUGUGAUUUUGUGUGGGCCCCUCGGUCCGCUUCCCGGUCCUCUUUAUUUAGUGAUCGGGGCAUCUUUUAAGGGCAUUGUAUUGUUCCGACGACACAUAAAUUCUGACCUUAGAAUACUAGUGACACUUUGGUACAUGAGGUACUCAUGGGAGUCAUUUCAAGAGACGUUUAUUGUCCUCUCAAAGCGCUUAAGACAACAUGCGUUAACGGGGAACGCCUAAACAGUGGGCUAGCCCCUUGGCCCGAGGGUCGUAUGGUACCCCGAGGGCUCAUAUUGAUCAUCAUCAAUGCCAAGGCCCUCAUAUUACGACCGCUCGCUCAGAGUCGGCGUUACCAUUUCCAGAUGGGCUCACAAUGCCUUAUCUUCAUCUCACGACCGGCUCCUCAACGUCGAGGCCGUAUUCAUAUUUCGGACUGGCAAUUUAGUGUCGACGUCCUUAUAUUCUGAUCAGCCUCUCACGACUGACAAAAUCAUCUUCGGACAGGCUCCCAACGCCUUGUUUUCAUCUCGCAAUCGAUGACUCACCUCCGAGGUCGUCAUAUUUCGGACCGACAAUUUAGUGUCAACGUCCUUAUAUUCUGCUCAGCCCUUCAGGCUGGAUAAAUCACCUUAUGGAAGGCUCAUAACGCCUUGUCUUCAUCUCACGACCGGCGCAUUAACGCCGGCGUCGUGAUCUCAUGAUCAGGCUCGUCCGUUCAACUUCGGGACGACGACCAUCAUAUUCAUAUUUUGGACCGGCUCCGCGCCAUUGUCCCAUCUCAAGACCGGUCUUAGCCAUUCCUUUAUCGGAUGGCGACUGUUGCUCAGAUCUUUGGACCGGUCCCUCAGUGCCGAUGUCCUUGCAUCACGGUAGGCCUUGGCCUCAACGUGAUUAUAUAUUUCAAGACCGGUCUUAGCCAUUCCUUUACCGGAUGGCGACCGCUGCUCGGACCUAGGGCUGGCAAUAUCUCCCGCGCUCGCGGAUAUCUAGUCAACCCGAACCGAAAAUAUGAACGAAAACCCGAAGAAAUAUGGAUGAAAAAUGGAUGAAGGGUGGAUUGAAAGACGAGUUGGAUCUGGUGUGGAUGAACACUCAUCCAACCCAUCACCCGACCCGUCACCCGCUCCAUCCACCCGCACCCGCUGACCCACAUAUAUAUAUAUAUAUAUAUAUAUACAUAUAUUAUAAUAUAUAUUAAUAAUAAUAACAACAAUAAUAAUUAAUAUUAAUAUAUUAACAGAUACUACGUAACUGUUGGGAUGUUGGGCCGCAGGCCCAAUACCCGGAUCCAAAGGACCAAUAUAUCCAGUCCGUUAAACGAGACCAGGAUCCAGAAGAUGAACAGGCUCAUGGAGAAAUAUGUACCGAACGGGGUUUGGGUCAACCAAUGUACUUGGGCCAGAUCAAUGAUGAUUCUAGCAGAGUCCACUACCCGUUCGGGCAGCGGGUAGCCAACAAGUGGGAGAGAGCAUUUAUUGCUAAAGUAUGGUGGCGGGAAGUGGGAGUAUAGACUUAAAGUGACCAGAUUAGCAACCAAUUAGCAUUGAGCACCCCAUACCCCCCAUUAGUAUAAAUAGAAUGAUUAAUUUCAUUGUAAAGGGUUAACUUCUUGAUACUCAAGGCCUAGAAUAGAUUUAUCUCUCUUAUUUCUUGUAUUAGUCACUAUUCCGAUGUACUGUUCGGGAAGUUUACUGUGUAAUCACCAAAUUACUUAAUACAAGUGAGCUUUUGAGUAUUCGAUUAUUCAUCUUUUAUAUUUCUUUAUACAAGUGAUUCUUGACCCAUUUUUCUGAUAUAUCCAAAGUUCGUGUUGGGCUUUCGGAUCUGGGGGACUAAACCUCAACAUUGGCGCCGUCUGUGGGAAAUUGAACAAAAAAUUUCACACCAAAACAUCAAACUAAUUUCAAAAUGGUUAGAAUCACUUCUCAUCACACCGGGGAAACUUCAGGAAGAUGUGGGGAAAGCCGGACCCCCCAAGGGCAAUCCAGCCGGGGAUCCUACCCACACUUUGAUGGGGAUUUCUUCAUUCCAGAAGCUCUGAGGAGGAACCCCCAUGCCAUGCGAGAUUUAGCUAAGGUCAUGCAACACCUGGCGGAUGAACAGGAUGGUGGACGAUCCAGCUAUACGGGGGAAACCAGGUACACAACCCCAUCUACGACGCAGUCAUUCGAUGAUGAUACCACCGAUGCAGAAAUACCACGACAUCAAAUCAUUCACGAGCCCAUCGGGGAGAGCGCAAAAGGACUCAUGCGUCCGGGGGAAGGCAUCACACUCCUAGUGACCACACCCCGACCGGGUCCCGGGCUAGAGGAGAUACACUGGUUGGUCGCCAUUUCUAUUCGGGAGAACGUGACAAUACGCGAUUCAGACAGGGACGUCAGAAUCAGAGAACAACCCCACCAGAAGGAAAUCGGGAGUUUGUUAACCUGGGAACUCCAGCACCACCUCCCCUAACGGCCCAAGAGGAAGAGAUGGCCGAAAUGAGGAGGCAGAUGAAUGAAAUGAGGGACCAAAUGAACAUGACGCCUCUACAACCUACCCCGAUGCGGGUUGGGAUCACUUCCCCCUUUACCCGGGAAAUAAUGCAGGCUGAAAUCCACAGGGAUGCCAAACCGCCGACCGAUCAGAUAUAUGACGGGGUGAGAGAUCCCCACGGGCACUUGAGGAGUUACCAAAGGGGGCUUAUGCUACUAGGAGCAUCGGAGGCGGCCAUCUGUCGACUUUUCUUCAGCACACUCAGGGGACCUGCCCAGGAAUGGUUCGGGACCCUGCAGCCCGGAUCGAUCAGCAACUUUGCCGAAUUGUCAUCUUUGUUCCUGGCCCAGUUUGCCUUCGGUGCCACCCCAAAACGACAUUUCAGUUACCUGACCAGUGUCAGGCAGGGCCCGAAGGAGACCCUAAACAAAUUCCUGAAAAGAUGGAGGGAUGAAACCCUGAAAGUUGGAAACAUGACGGAUGAUACAACCAUCACUCUAUUUACUAAUGCUCUCCGAACGGGUGAACUGUAACACCCUCGAAUUUCCCACCAAAAAAUACAUUUAAAUAAUGAUUUAUUGGAAAGUAUUACUAACUUUAUUUGAAAACAUCAGAAAAUGUGCAAUGGAAAAUUUAAAGGGAAAUAGGGGUGCUACCGCCACACUCGGUUUUCUCUUAAUCGAGUGCACAGGCUAAAACAACUUAAACUUCAAAAUCAAAAGUUCACUGAUUAAAGUUAUUGAAAAAGAAAUUUACAAUGAUUUACUAAUAAUGUUUUCUAGCGAAAGUUCUCUCUCGAAAUCAACUUCAACAUCGAUCAACUCAACACCUGUACAAAAUCAUGUACAGAAAGAAAAUAAAAAGAAACAAACAUUAGCAAUAAUACUAAGUAAGUCCCACCUAACCUUUUAAAAUAAUAAUAAUAAUAGUAUAUAUAUAAAUUCGUACAACCAUUAGUAUAAAAAUAUUUUCAAAACAAUUUAUAAAUCAUAAGAAAACGAUAUCUAUACAAAAUCACAAUCACAUAACUCGUGAAUCAUAAUAAUUCCAAAAUACAUGAAACACCAAAAUUUCCCCUCUAUUGAAUUUCUCCAAAAAUCACUUUGUAACCAACUUCCUAGUAAUUUAGAAGGGCGGUGCUCAACACUCUGGUUGAGCCCGGUGAUCCGUUGUUAUGUACAGCCACCCCGGAACUAUCGCCGGUACCACAACUGCUCCUUGGAAACGGAAACAACUACCUUAAGUUUGCACACCCCCUAGAGGUAUCCCAAGCCCUCCGGGUUAGUAAGUCGAUCCGGGUAGCCGGGAUGUUUUCUACCAACUACCCCACCUCAAAAUCUGAAUGAUUAGGAGCUACUACUACCACUACUACUCAAAAGCCGGGAUGUUUUCUACCGACCGUCAAUUCACCUCAAACCAAAACCAAUAAAAAUUGAGUAGUAGUAGACCUAACCACCCUCCACAUUUUAAGGGACGUGGAAAACCAACACCACAGAUUUCUCCCGUGAUGCUCACCCUUUAUGAAAAUAUUUAUUUUUCUUUGUUUUCUCAAAAUCAAUCGAAGUUUAUACUUCAAAAAUUUCCUUUUCAUUAAACUCCCACAAAGAUAACAAAUUACGUACUAUUACAAAAUCUCCCAAAUCAUAUAAAAUAACUCAUAUCAACAAAACAAUAUAUCAACUAAUAUCUCAAAUACAACCCUUUCAUAUAAUAAUAUUCACUCAAAUUCAGCACACAUAAAUUCAAUUCUCAAAUAUGCACACAAAAAAUAUUUAAAAGAAAUCACGAAGAAAAAGAACUAAUUUCGGUUGACGUGAAACUUACCUUAAGUCUCGAUGCUCCUAAUUCUCUUCUUCAAUUCCGGUCUCUAAAUAUACACCUUUUUAAUUAAGAUGAUAUAAUUAGUCACUUAUUCUAUUUGUAAUUAUUUAACCCGAUUUUCCCCAUUUUAUUUCCUUAUUCGAAUUUAUUAAUUUAAUUAAUUAAUUAUCCGAAUUAAUCCCUUUUUAUUAAUCAAAUUACCUUACUAAUUCAACAUUUAAUUAAUAUUUGAAUUCUAUAAUUAAAUAAAAUAUCCGAAUAUAAUUAACUACAAUAUCAAAUUUUUAAUUCAAUAAUCGCCAUUAGUUUACUCUACUCAUAAAACAUUAAUUAUAUAUUAAUAUUUUAAAAAUAUAGGAAACAUAUCCUAAUUGUUCUUAGUUAAACUAUUCAAAUCUUGCAACUACAUUAAUUUAUAUUAAUCAACCCUAUUAAUUAAUCUGAAUAUUAUAACAAUUUAUUUUAAAAAACUAAUCAUCAUUAACUUAAUCCGAUUUUAUUAGCUUACGCAAACACGUAAUAUUUCCAAGUCCGUAAUUAUGUUAAUUUGAUUAAUCUACUUCAAUUAGUCCAAUAAUUAGUGAAAAUAAUAUCUAUUCAACUUUAUUUAAUCUAAUUAUGGUACUAAGUCCAAAUAAUUAAUUAUUAUUUUAAUAUGAUAAUCGUUUAUUAAUUAAACCAUCAAUUCAUUUUACAAAUUUAUUAAUAUGUAAUUAUUCCAAAUAAUAAUUAACAAAUUUGUCCAAGUGAUUACUAUCAAUCAACCAAGCCAAUUUUAUCACUAGUACUUUCAUCCUAGAUUUUAUUAAUAACUUUUGCAGAUUAUUAAUAUUAUUAUUAUUAUUAUUAUUAUUAUUAUUAUUAUUAUUAUUAUUAUUAUUAUUAUUAUUAUUAUUAUUAUUAUUAUUAUUAUUAUUAUUAUUAUUAUUAUUAUUAUUAUUAUUAUUAUUAUUAUUAUUAUUAUUAUUAUUAUUAUGAUUAUGAUGAUUAUGAUUAUUAUGAUUAUUAUUAUUAUUACGAUUAUUACGAUUAUUACGAUUAUUACGAUUAUUACGAUUAUUACGAUUAUUACGAUUAUUACGAUUAUUAUUAUUAUUAUUUUAUUAUUUUUAUUAUUAUUAUUAUUAUUAUUUUUAUUAUUAUUAUCAUCAUCAUCAUCAUCAUCAUCAUCAUCAUCAUCAUCAUCAUCAUCAUCAUCAUCAUCAUCCAUUUGCAUUUGCUGACGCGUCCACAAGUAUCCGAGAAUUUUCGUGUAGGCCUUCAUAGAAAGCCGUCAUCAAGUGCCAGUUUUGGAUGUUGUGAUGUGGACACUGUCGCUGGAGAUCUUUGAAUCUUUCCCAAGCCUCAUAGAGGAGCUCAUUGGGAUUUUGCUUGAAAUUUUGAAUCAUUCUUCGGAUUUUCGCCGUUUUAGAUGACGGGAAAAAUCUUUUGAGAAAUUCACCAUGAAGUUGAUCCCAAGAGGAGAAGUGAUUAUCCGGAAAAGAGUCAAGCCAAUUUGAGCUCGAUCCCGUAGAGAGAAUGGGAACAGGCGUAGUCUGACAGCAUCAGCUGGCACACCAUAUGAUGAGCCAACGUUGAGUAUUUGAAACCAUAUGGAUGAUAGGAGGCUUGAUUUCAAAGUGAUUCAUGUUAACCUCUGGUGGAAUAACACUGUCAUGCUCAUCCACGGGAGGCGUAACAUAAUCAUACAACGGUUUUCUGGUUCUCAUAACCUGAUCCACGAUUUCUUGAUCGGGUACCUGCUCAUUAACAACAACAUCGGUUGACAUUUUUUUUUCUGUUCACGUAUGUGCUUUUCAAUGUCAGAGAAGAAUAACAAUUCACAAUUCGCACCACGUGAACGUGUGAGCAUAAGCAGAAGGGAAUUGGGAUUGGGAAAAGAGAGAGAUGAAAAGAAAAAAUAAAUGCAGAAUUAAUUAAUUAAUUAAGGUUCGCACGUAGUCAGUUGGUAUAACCGAAUAAGACUAGUGAGCCCUUAAAGCAGUAUGAAUAUAUACAGUAAUUCACCAGGAUGCGGCUGGGCCGACAAAUAUGGUGAUUUGAGGGAAGAAAAAAAUAGCUACAGUAAUAAAUACAGUCUCCACCAAGAUGCAGCUAUGCCGACAGUCUGGGGAUUAUUAAGAAAAAAAAAACAAAAAUAAAAAGUGCACUCCACCAACAAGUGGACACGGCCGACAAGCUUGGGGAUGCAAAAUUAAAAGACAAAUGCUGAAAUUAAAGUGCGAUAAUUAAAGUGCAGAAAUUAAAAAAGUGUGGGUUUGAACCACCUUAAAAAGAAAAAUAAACGGUCCGACCAUAUAGGCGGAGUAUCCUUUGAAUUAUAAUGUACAAACAAGCGGUCCGACCAUAUAGGCGGAAUAUCCUUUUAAUUAAAAUGUACAAGUAAGCGGUCCAGCCAUAUAGGCGGAUUAUCCUUUGAAUUAAAAUGUAACAAUAUGUUCAAUGGUCUGAAUGCCCGGAUAUGUUCAGUAAACAAGUCCAACUCCAAUGCUCAGGUAAGAGGAAAAAGGGGCAAAUAAGCCCACGUACUAACCCAAAAAGGUCAAAUAAGCCCUUAUAUAGGAGGCAAUGUCCGGCCGUCGUCAUUUGGGGCGGUUCCCGGUGGAAAUUUUUGAUGCAAUUCUUUGAGCAUAUUAUUCAUUAAGUCUAGUUUACUCAUACCAAAUGUCAGCUAAAACUUCAAUCGGGAAGGCAUUCAAAUGAAUUCUUGAAGAUAACUGCGCAGUUAAAAGUGCAGUGAUCUUCAAGAAUUUAUUUGAAUCCCUUCCCAAUUGAAUUGCUAGCUGAAAUUUGGUAUGAGUAAACUAGACUUAAUGGAUAAGAUUCUUAAAAACAUUCAUCAAAAAAUUCCAGCGGAAACUGCCCCAAAUGGAGACGGUCUCAUAAAGCCUCCUAUAUAAGGACUUAUUUGACCUUUUUGGUUAGUAACCUUUUUCCUAGGUAAUCACAGUCCAUUUUUUUUUUGGAACUUUAAUUAAUCACUUGUUUUUUGAACCUGCAAAAGUAAACAAGAUAACAACAAAAUAAUAUACACACAAUUUACAAUAACUAAAAUCAAAAGUUUAUGCUAUCAUUUUUUUUUCAAAACCGUUUCCCCGGCAACGGCGCCAAGUUGGUGUGUAGCAUAUAAUGGGCACACAACUAUUUUUUUUACCCAAGGAAGUAGGGUGUCGAACCACAGAGAAGCGGGAAAUAAAAUAAUUAAGCACAAACUAAGGAUUAAAGUUGGGAGUGCGUUUCUUUUGAUUUUUGUUUGCUUGGAAAAGUAAUUAAAUAAAAGUGAUUGAGAGAAGAGAUUUUUAUCAACACAAAGUUCAACCAAUAGCAAGUAGGGGUAGAAAUUGGCAACUAAUUGUUCAAUGCUCAUUUGUAAGACAUAAUUGCUAAUUCUAUUCUUAGAUAGACUGUGAGAAGUUGUAGAUAAAUAUUUUAGGACCCAACACAAGUCACCUAAAAUAAGUAACUAGUCAACAUUUCCCAGUGAUGGCCAAAACGAGACUAGUUGUUUAAGUGCAACGGCAACCUUAAUUAUUAACUAUAUUAUUUACCCAAUCCCGUGGUGUAAAUAAUAUAAUUAAACAAUUAAAUUCUCCCGUAAAACUUCAAUCCGGGACAAGUUAAAAGAAGUUUAACGGUGUGUUCAGAAAGUGUUCAUUUGUGUAUUUAACAAACAAUAUGUUUAUGAUUGAGUACUCAUAAUAUAUAUCACAAACACAACAUAAUUAAUUUUCUGGACACAACAAUCUAAAUAGAACAAACUUAACAAUUAAAAUCAAUACAAAUUAAAACAUUAUAAGAACAAUUAAUUAACCAAUUUCUAGCCCCAAAUUUAUUUAGCUAUACGUGUUGGGAAACAUAGAAAUAGAUGAAUCCAUGAUUAAAGUACAAGAUUUAAUGAGAUAAGGAAGAUCAAACUUGUGAUAGAUGACAAUCCUUGGAGCUUUGAUGCUAAUCUUGACUUAAUCUUGGAUGAGAAAGUGAUUAGUUAUGGUUGAAGAUAGGUUGAUGAUUUGGGGUUGAGAAAUGAAGAGAGAAGGAGGAAAUGUUUCUGGGAUGUUUAGAGAGAAGUUGGUCCGAGCUUAUUUGUGGAGUAAGAUGGACUAAGGCAAUAUAAUGAUAAGGUGAUUAAUCAUUAAUUGCUGGAAUUUACGGAAUAGAUGAGUUUAUGUACAAUAAAGCGCAGUAAUGUUACAAUAGUGUGUAGUAGCCCAGAGGAAUGCUUGAGGUCUUGGGUUCAAUGCCCGUUAGCUUCUCCUUUUAUUCCUUUUUUUUUAAGUUGGGCCUGAAGCAAUGUAUCGAACUUUCAACAAAAUAUUUCAACAUGGUUCAUUUAGCUCGUUGGUAAACUAUGCUCUUUCUUGCUGCAUUGAUCAGGGUUCAAAUCCCAUCUGUGUCUUUAUUACUUUUUGCUACUUUUCUCCAAUUUACUCCUUAUUUGCUUUGAAGGAAAUUUCACUUUUGUUAUCCUCCAACAUGAACUUUUAUUUUCUUCAUUUCUCCACGCUAAAUGCAUCUCACCAUCUAAAUAACAUCAAAAGUACCUGAAAAUACCAAAUGCACGCAUAGGACUGCACAAAUACAAAUUAACGACAAAUAAUAAAAAUAUGUACAAAAGUAUAACUUUAAUAACUAAAAUUAUCAGCAAACUAGGCCUAAAAAUUGUGUAAAAUAUAAGCAUAUCAAUUGCAUUUUAGGAGUAUAUUAGUAUUUAAAAAUCAAGUUUGUAUUUUAUACACAAAUUAAAAGAAUAACUUUUAUGUGAUAUGUAUAAUUGGUACUUGAUAUAAAACAUCAUUUUCAUAAUUAUUAUAAGACGUUAUUUCUAUUAUCGAAACAUAUUUAUCUGACUAAAACGUCGUAAAUUUAUAAUUUUUAUCUGAUUGAAAUGUCACAUCUGUUGAAUUUUUGUUUGAUUCACUUAAUAAUUAAAAUGUCAUUUCCGUAACAUUUUAUCUGACCAAUAAAAAUUAUUUUUAUUUUUAUUUAAAUUUUUGGAGUGUCACAUUAAUGUGACACUCCAAAAAAUUAAAUAAAAAUAAAAAUAAUUUUUAUUAGUCAGAUAAAUCAUAAAAUGUUACGAAAAUGACAUUUUAAUUAUUAAGUGAGUCAAACAAAAAUUCAAUAGUCAAGACAUUCUAAUCAGAUAAAAUUUCAAAAUUUACGACGUUUUAGAUAGAUAAAAAUAUUUCAUUUAAUAAGUGAAUCAGACAAAAAUUUUACAUAUGUGACACGUUUAGUCUGAUAAAAUUGGUCCGAUAAUAGAAGUAACGUUUUAUAUCAAGUACCAGUUAUACAUGUGUCAUGAGUAAUAAAUGAUUAUAUAUAUAUAUAUAUCUAUUUUAAUUUGUGUAUAAAAGUACCAAAAAUACAAAGUUGACUUUUCUGAUAUUAAUAUAUACUCCUAUUAGGUAAACUAUACCUACCUAUGCACUACUAUUAAAAAUAUAAAAUGCUCCCUAUGGGAUACCUACAAAUGAAGUGUAAUUCAAACUAAGUAAUAAGGAUGGGAAUAGCAUAAAAAUCAAACUGCAAGAGUGUUUGGCUCCUUGUAUAACUGCAGCAACAAACGCAGCAUGAAUCUGAACAAAGAUUAAGCCACAUUCAAUGUUUUAGAUAGACCGGGACUCAUGGGGUAUUUUCUGAGAUAACCGGCAAACAAACGGCAGCUACGUACUAAAGAUAAAGAUGUUAUAAUGCCUUGCUUUUUUCAAUAAGUUUUGCUUGCAUGUUAACGUAUCUCUUAAUUAAUUUUUCUACCGUCAUAUUGUUUUAAUUCCACAUGUGCUAUUAUAAUUUGUGGAUAUAUUUUAAUGCCCCAUGUGCAAUUGUUUUAAUGCCCCGUGUUUUGCAUUACGUCUUGUUUGCAUGUUAAAGAAUCUCAUUUUACCACUACCCUUUGUGUACUGCUAUUCCUUCACUUUAAAUGUCCUCUUCUCACUUUAAUUUAAUACUGUAUAUUGCCAAACUAUUUUUUAAUUGCUACUGUUUUUUAUGGCAUCAUACAUUUUUUAUUUCCUAUAACAAAUGCAUUUUUUUUUAAUAUUAUUAUUUCAAACAAUGUGCAUUAAUUCAUUAUCCACUGUACUUCCCAAGAGAUAAUUCCUUUCAUUAUCCAUUUUUUCACAGAUUUGACUCUGAGCACACAUGCCCCAUUGAUGUACGUCAACGAAAUAGCCGUCAAGCUAAGUCCAGGAUUAUUGCCGAACAUAUCAAACAAGAGUACGGUGAUGCAUCCAAUAAGCCAUACCCUCCGAAAUCAAUUAUGCUUGAUAUGCAGACCAAAUACGACAUUUACAUGUCAUACAAAAAAGCAUGGAUUGCCAAAGAAUUGGCAAUGGAACUGGCUAUGAGAUCUGAAAAGGAUUCAUAUGCACACUUACCUUCAAUGUGUCAUGUGCUUGAAAGGAGUAACCCAGGUUCUAUUGUUUCUUAUUCGUGCAAGGAAAAUGGUGAAUUUAAUAAUUUUUGCAUGUGCCUUUCUGCAUGGAGGGAAGGUUGGAUUCAUUGCAUUCCGGUUAUAAUUGUGGAUGGGUCUUUUUUGAAGUCGUAUUAUAAGGGUACAUUACUCACUGCAUGUACACAAGAUGCAAACAAACAAAUAUUUCCAUUGGCAUUCGGUAUUUAUAGUGGAGAAAAUACCGAAAUUUGGUCAUGGUUCUUCAGUAUGUUGAAGCAUUCUCUGAUGCAUCGAGAUGAUCUAUAUAUUGUGUCUGAUCGCCACGAGGGCAUAAUUAGUUCCGUGCAUUCUGUAUUUUCUCAUGCGCAACAUGGUUACUGUGUUUACCACAUAUUGGCUAAUUUGAAAACAAGAUUUCGUGGCACGCAAAAAACUGUGUCAUGGAAGUUUUUGCAGACUGCUCGUGUUGGAUCUGUGUACGAGUGUGAAGAGUAUCUUCAAAUGAUGGACAGUGAGGAUCCACGCAUUCGUACGUAUUUAGAGCGGAUGGGCCAUGACAAAUGGUCUGGUGCUUAUGCUAGUCGAAAUCGGUACUCAGUUAUGAUGUCAAACAACGCGGAGUCAUUAAAUGCAGUUAAUGCCACUGCCCGAGAAUACCCAAUGUGUCAAACCAUCAUGUGCUUUUGAGUUUGAUGUGUUUGAUAAGAGAUCCCGCUCUUAUGUUGUCAACUUGAAGGAGCAGACUUGCACUUGUCGAGAAUUUCAGCUUGAUGGGUUUUUAUGUGUACAUUCCGUUGUAGCUAUUCGCUCCCGCCCAGGCCUUUCUUGCUACGAUUACAUUUCAGAAUUCUAUACUGCACAUCAUUGGGCACAAACAUAUCACGGUAUUAUUCAUCCUAUUGGGAGUCCGGAUGGUUGGAUUGUACCUUCACAUGUUAAGCAAAUCACUUGCAACCUGCCAUCAUGUGAAUCACGACCUCCUGGAAGGCCGAAGAAAAGAAGAAUUCCAUCUACAGGAGAACAUGUUCGGAGACAAACAUGCACUCGUUGCCUCAUGGUUGGACACAAUAGAAAGACUUGUAGAAAUCCUAUUCCGCUACACAUGCGUUAAAAAUUGUUUUUAUGUGCCGUUUUAAUUUUAACAUUGUUGCGCAUCUAGUCACGUACACUUGUUUGGUUUAUUGACGUUACUUUCAGUGUUGUUUAAUUUUAAAUUUCAUUUGCAGUUUCUAUUAUUGCCC